UAGAGGGAUUGAAAGUUUGCAAAAACUAUAAGCUACUGUAUUAAUAGGCUACUAUGAAUUCAUUCAUUGACACAUGGCAUGAAACAACCUUUCUGCCGUGACUGUAGCCUACUAAAAUAGCCUACAUUAUAUAAUUAGCACGUGUUCAUGUUAUUUUUAAGUUCGAUAAACCCCAAGCGAAAGUGAAAGUAGGCCUGAUUUGUGAUUGUAAAAGUGGUGAAGUGCCAUGGCUUCUAGCGCUAACGAUGAACUGAGUACCGGUGUCCUUAAGGAUGACGCUGAGAGCUCAGACCAGUCUAGCUUAUCCUUCAGUGACUCAGAUGACCAGUCGGGGGACGACUUGGAUUCCGAGCAGGGAGCCUCCAGAGGCCAAAGGCCAGAGGCCAGGUCAGAACCUUGCAAGUUCUACAAUAGUCGUGGUGGCUGCCGAAACGGCAGCAGAUGUCCCGACCAGCACGUCUGCAAGAAUUCCUGGGACGGGUUCUGUCACGAUGGUCACAGAUGUCGUCUGAGACACAUUGCCGACUCGGAUCCGGAGGAUUCAGGAGCAGGAGGGCGAGGUGGGAGGGGUGGGUCUGGUGGGAGUGGAGGGAGGAGGAAUCCUGGAGGGAUGACCAGAGGGAAUGAGAGGAGGCCUCGCAGGAGAUCACCAUCCAGUGAGAGUGAUCUGGAGGACGAUGAACCGUACAGGUGGCAGCUCGACUGUGGCCGUGGCUGGAAGGACAUCGCCAACGAUCACAUCCUUGAGGCCCAGUACUCCCGACCUUGCACAAAAGGCAUCAAUAUAUACAAUACUACCUAUGGGGUCAUCUCCAUAGAUUUUCAACAUAUGCGGGUCCGGAAAAAGUCCAACAUGAGAGUGCGACGACGUGGCUCUCCGCAGACUAAAUGGCUCUGGUAUUACAGAGGGAAAAAACAGUGGCACCAGUACGGAGAAAAGGACUCAAAAGGGAAACAGAGUUCAGUCAAAAGUUCAGUGCUGGAGGCAGAGUACCAGAAAAAUAAAAAGGGAUCACAUCAGUUCACUGUAGGAUCGGACACAUAUGAGAUCAGAUUCAAAGACAUGUGCCAGAUAAAUCCGUCCUCUGGACACAAGCGAAAAAUCAGCCGACGUCCCUUGUUUGAAAGUUCUCAAAGUCGUGGGAGAGCUGGCCUGACCCAGGGAAUGAGAAGAAUGAACCUGUCCAGUUCACCCAGAGGCCAAUGGCAGUUUAGGGGACGUGGCAAUAAUUGGCAUGAUUUUAAAAACAGGGUUGAAUGUUCAGUGACCAGUGCUGACAUUGAGGCCCAGUACCAGGAAAACCCUCAGGGUAGAAUGACCUUCAGCGUCAGUGGACAGCCUUAUGAGUUAGACUUCUCCGCAAUGACUCAGACCAACAAGACCACAAAUAAGACACGCAGGAUCCAGCGCAUAUAGAGAUGUGGUGGAUUAAGCAUUGUUGCUUUGAUAUCCUCAACUGUACUGCCAAAAGAACAGCGAUGUGAACGUUUUUAUUAUUACUACAUUAUUAUUAUUAUUACAUCUCAUGUCAUUAUACAGUAUGGAAAGGAAAAAUGAUAUGAAAUUAACUGUAUGGGAGAAUUGUGUGAGUAUAUGUAGGUGAAAGAGGUGUGUUCUUUUAAGAAAAAUGUCUAUGCAAGUUAACAAAUAAUACAUGCAAAGCCACAUUCGGGGAAUUCAGAAUCAUGGAAUUAUGUUUACAUACAUACUGCCCUUGAACAAUGCAGCACUGCAUCGUGAUCCUUGUUAAGACACUUAUAUUUGGUACUGAUAUAGAAUCUAAUUAAGAUAUUGGAAAAAUAUUAUUUUUGGCAGUGGGUGAGAUCAUUAUUGCUAUAUGUAAUACUUGUUGGACAAUUGAUAAUGAAUGGAUGCAUAAAGACAUGAAAUAAACUGCCAGACGAUUUUAGAUAUCUUUGUUAUAUUGUCAAUCCAAAAACAUCUAUUUUCAUGCAAAUGUGAUGCUCUGUCCUUAUUGCUUUGUUCUUUUUUUCCAUUUCACUUUGCCUUCAUUUUCGCUUUAGAUAUUCCUUGGAUUUGAUUGCCUCUGUGUAGGAACAUGCUACAGUAUAUAAAUAAACCUGCUUUGCCUUGC